AUGACGUCGACAACGUCACAAUCGAUAACGGGCUACUCCAUUCCUGUGGACGCUCUUCUCGCGGCUAACGGCAAAUCGUCACCAAGCAUUCGCGUCGGUGAGGUGCUUUAUCUCCCGUCCUCUUCGGCACCUUCCGUCGCAUCAUCGCAGUCGAAGGCGCACUCGGGGCCGCAGUCAGGACACUCUCAAUUUGUGUCUCUGCACAUUCGUGAGAACCACGGAACGAGCUCCAGGCAGUCGAUUUUCCCCACCGGCUCGCAAGAAUGCGUCCGUUUGUGCACGGACAGCAGCGCUACCAUCGCUGACGCAACUUCCAUCUCCACCGGGACCGCCACCACCAGUACCAGCAGCAGCAGCAGCAGCAGCGGCAGCGGUGAGGUGCUUUAUCUCCCGUCCUCUUCGGCUGGCGCCGCUGCUGCAGCAUCUGCGCCUGUCGCUACCGCGGGGCGCGUGUGCCUCACUAGCUGCCGGACCGCUCCCACUGGCAGGGAAGCGGGAAUGCGGAUGAGGGUGAGGGGAUGGCUAAAGAAUUCCUCUGGUGCUGUCAGUGCGAGUCCUGAUACUCGCGUCAUUGUGUCACCCGCUGCUCCUUGUGAGGGAACUUCGCUUCCUCUGCUGGUAACAUCCGCCCCUGCUGCUCCUGCUGCUGCUCCUGCUGUUCUUGCUGCUGCUUCAGCUGCUGCUGUUGCUGAUGCUUCUCCUGGAGGUUCUACUCAUGUCGUCGACGCUCCUGAUGCUCACUCCCAGGCUGCAUCUGUUGCUGCCACUGCCGCAGCCACGUCUGCCGCUGCCGAGUACGAGCUGAGCGGGUUUGCUAACUUCUUCGCUGCCAGAAAGCACCUCAGUCGGACCAUGUACCUUGACGGGUGGCAAAAGGGCCCUGGGGGUACCCACACAGGGAGUGACGGUCCAAGACAGGGUGUGGUGGCGUCGGUGACUCAGGCGUUAGUUCCUGUAAGAGGGGGUGAGGUGCAGCAAUCGCUGCCGUUGAUUGGCCUCGGAGUCGCUAUCACUGUCGCUGCGGGAGCUCUUGCUGUGCGCUCGGGAUUGCAUGAUCUGGUCCGUGCCGCCUUGCUGCUGCGGCUGCAGGGUUUCUCGCAGAAGCAACACGACCAGAGACAGCAGCAGCAGGAGCAGGAGAAGGAGCAGCAGGGGGAGGGAAGUGAGCAGAACGUGGGAAGAAUGAACGAGCAGGAGUCGCUCCAGCGUGCGAAGGACGAGAAACGGCUAGAGUUUUCGAAAAGGGCUCUCAAGAACUACCUAGACCUGCAGAAACGAGAGGUCAAACGGUCUGGCAUGGAAGGAGCUGCUCUGCGGCUCAAGAUGAAAAUGGCCAAGGCGAACGGGAAGGACCCUCUACCAUUCGCCCCGUUACAAGAUAAGAUGGGCCCGCGACGAAACGUGAUGGCCGAAAUCCGCAGUGUUGUGGCCGAGGCGGUGGCAGAGGUGGUAGAAGGAGAGGAAUGCAUGGUCGUACUUGAGAGGAGCAAGGCAUUGGUGAAGGACGCAGAGAGCACUGGGGAGCCGAUGGUAGUGGAGAAGGGGAUUAUUAUGGGAAACGAUACUGGUCGAGGGGCAGAGGAGGCGGGAAGAAUGAUUGAGAUGAUGGAGAAGGGAUGGUUUGGUGGAGCUGUUGAAGCAGAGUCAGGAAGAAUGACGGGUCCUGAAGAGGAUGAGUAUGGGCUGGGAGAGGUGGGGCCGGAGGUAUUUCUGGAGUGGAGCGUGGAGAAGGCUAGGGAGGCUAACGCUCAUGCUGCCAUGAGACUGCCAAUAAAUACAAAUGAAAGAGGCUAA